GCCGCCCCCCCGGGCCCGCCGUCCCCUCCCCCGCUGGCGGGGCCCGGACAGAAGAUGGUGCAGAAGAAAACAACCGAACUUCAGGGCUUCCACCGUUCGUUCAAGGUGCGAGGAGUAACCUGGCGCCUGGGGAGGAGUCUCAUCGGGGCAGAAUCCUUUCGAGCUGGCCUUCUCCUUAGACCAGACCCAUCACGGGGAGCCCGAUUUCAGCCUGGAGCGCCCUGCCCGCCCUGUACAGAUAUGCCCGCGAGCCAGCCCAUCGACAUCCCGGACGCCAAGAAGAGGGGCAAGAAGAAGAAGCGGUGCCGGGCCACCGACAGCUUCUCCGGCAGGUUCGAGGACGUCUACCAGCUACAGGAGGACGUGCUCGGGGAGGGCGCCCACGCCCGAGUGCAGACCUGUGUCAAUCUCAUCACUAACCAGGAGUACGCGGUCAAGAUCAUCGAGAAGCAGCCGGGCCACAUUCGGAGUCGGGUUUUCCGGGAGGUGGAGACACUGUACCAGUGCCAGGGACACAGGAACGUUCUAGAGCUGAUAGAGUUCUUUGAGGAGGAGGAUCGCUUCUACCUGGUGUUUGAGAAGAUGCGGGGCGGCUCCAUCCUGAGCCACAUCCACAAGCGGCGGCACUUCAACGAGCUGGAGGCCAGCGUGGUGGUGCAGGACGUGGCCAGUGCCCUGGACUUCCUGCACAACAAAGGCAUCGCCCACAGGGACCUAAAGCCAGAAAACAUCCUGUGCGAGCACCCCAACCAGGUCUCCCCCGUCAAGAUCUGCGACUUCGACCUGGGCAGCGGCAUCAAACUCAACGGGGACUGCUCCCCCAUCUCCACUCCGGAGCUGCUCACCCCGUGCGGCUCGGCGGAGUACAUGGCCCCCGAGGUGGUGGAGGCCUUCAGUGAGGAAGCCAGCAUCUACGACAAGCGCUGCGACCUCUGGAGCCUGGGGGUCAUCCUCUACAUCCUGCUCAGCGGCUACCCGCCCUUUGUGGGCCACUGCGGCAGCGACUGCGGCUGGGACCGCGGCGAGGCCUGCCCGGCCUGCCAGAACAUGCUGUUUGAGAGCAUCCAGGAGGGCAAGUAUGAGUUUCCCGAGAAGGACUGGGCUCACAUCUCCUUUGCUGCCAAAGACCUCAUCUCAAAGCUGCUUGUCCGCGAUGCCAAGCAGAGGCUGAGCGCCGCCCAGGUUCUGCAGCACCCUUGGGUGCAGGGGUGUGCUCCGGAGAACACUCUGCCCACACCCAUGGUCCUGCAGAGGAACAGCUGUGCCAAAGAGCUCACGUCGUUUGCGGCCGAGGCUAUCGCGGUGAACCGGCAGCUGGCCCAGCGAGAGGAGGACGCGGCGGCGGAGGAGGGGCAGGGCCCGCCGGUGCUCAUCCGCGCGGUCUCCCGCUGCCUGCGGCUGUCCCCGCCCGCACAGAGCAAGCUGGCCCAGCGGCGGCAGCGCGCCAGCCUGUCCGCGGCCCCCGUGGUCCUGGUGGGCGACCACGCGUGACCCCUCUCCCCUGUACAUAGGUCACUCCCGCCCCCCCCCCCACUGCCCUAUCAAAUCUGAAGAGGUUUUUUUAAGCUGUUUCCAGCCGGUGACCGCCAGGCUGCCCUCCCCUGGCUGGGCUCCGAGGCGCUGAGCUCAGUCGGGGGGUCUUUUUAUAUGAGGUUUUUGCUGUUGGGUUUUUUUCUCCUUUUUUCUGCCCCACCCCCAUCUCUCCAUCCCUUUAAAGGUGUUAAAAGCAAAGCAGGGCCUGGGAGAGGAGAGGGGAGGCUGCGUGUGGCUGGGCUUGCUGGUCCCUGCUGCCCCGGCCCCGAGGCUCGCCCGUACUGUGAAAGGUCCCUGCCCGCCCGCCCCGCCGCGACUCAGGAGAGGAGGGCGAUGAUCGUCGUCUUCCAGAGCUGGGGGCCCAGGAAUGCGCCCCUCCCCAGCCCACACAGUAUUUCAGGGACGGGCCCGCCCCACACCUCCCCCCAGUGACCCAGCAGCUCUUUCCCCCUCACCCCAGAGACACCCUGGUGGCUGGGUGGGGCGGGGUUUCUCAGGUCUCCCUUGUAGCGGGAGGGGGCCUGGGUACGGGCAGGUGGGCUCCACGGCUGCCCGCUGUGCACCCCCCCCCCGCCUCGGACUGACAAUCGGGGCUCUCUCAAACCUGGACCUUAAGCUGCAGCUGACCUCGGGUGGGGGGUGCACCCGCUGCCCCCCCAGGAUGGCGGUGCCGGAGGAAGUAGGAGGGGCUGGACAGGCGCCCGUCAGCCAACGUGGGGGUCCCAGAGACCCCCACCCUGGGCACCCGAGUGCCCCUUCUCAGGGCUCAGUCUGACCACGGCCACGUCCCGCCCCUUGUCGCCCUUGGGGUCUGGUGUGGAAGCUCUAUCAGCCCCCUUCCUCCUCAGAGCCAGGGCCCACCCGGGGUCCUGCUGAAGCUGCCCCACCCCCAAGGGCAGCGUUUCGACCCACCCACCUUCAGGAAACCGGCCGCUGCUGCCACCGCCGCGGCGUCCUCCCAGGCACCAGGAAUCACGGUGCCUGCCUCUGCCCACCUUGGCGGGCACUGGGCUCAUACGUUGGCCUGCCAGGCCUGGGGAGACUGAUGCCCCUCCUCGUCCUCGGGAAACACUAUGCAAUACAGGCCCCCCUUCUCUACGCACACGCGCUCCUGACCGCCAGGGAGGGCCCCCUGCGGUCCCCAGCCCGGGCAGCGUGGCCUGGCGUCUGGCCUGGUCUCCACAGCGGCCCAGGGCCUGGAAAACCCUCCGGCUUCUCGUUUGUCCUAUUCUGUUAAUUUUUCAAAGACAGUUGACUUCCUUCCCUGUUCUCGAAUACUUGAAUGUUGGGGGGCUUCAUGGGUGGUGGGGCCCAGAUGCCCUUUCUGUGGCAGUCUCCCGUGGCUGGUGGGGACUGCCGCCCCUCCGGCCCCCCCGCCCGCCCGGAUCUGUGGACUGGCCUUUCCAAAGACCCCAGGGCGUGGGAGGCCGCCCCACCCCAUUUCUUGCCCACCAGUGAUCCUACAUUUUGCAACUGGGGAUUCUGCCUUUUUGUAGAAAACAAACAGGCCCCCGCCCGCCACAGGCGCCUUGGCCGUUUUACUCUAGAAAGCCGAGCCGUGAGGAGCUUUGUUCCUUCUUCCCAAAGGUGGGACAGCCACUUCUCUGCCCGCCACAUGUCACACAGACCGUGGGAGUCGAGGGGCUGUCAGAACCGUUACUGUGAAUGCGCCUGGCCCCCAGGCCGCCCCACACUGGGGGAGGGGAACGGCCACGUUCAAUGUUAAGAUGUGUAAAAAAGACAAAAAAAAGUUUUUUUAAAAGUGGGGGGACAUCCAAGCACUUUAAGCGCCGCACCGGGUGAACUGGUAACAGCUCAUCUUCCUGACACCAACUGUCAAUGCCGGAAUUUUGUAUUGUUUUAUAAGGAUUUAAUAAAAGUCGUAAAAACUUG